GCAGAAUUCUGGAGACUCUAAAAGACUGUUUAAGCUGCCGAUGUGUGCCACUGCAGUAUGUGUUAGCAUUAGCAUUAGCCACGGAGAUCAGCCACGAGCGGCUUGCUGUAAACUUUGUCUGUUUACCAAUAAUUGCCGUGUGUUUUUUAAAUUGUUCAGUUGAAAAUAAGAUUGCAGGCUAAUAUGUGCUAAUUAGAGGGUUCCAGCUAAGACCAGUGAAUUCAUCCUGUUUGUAAUGGUGGGUUUUUACGAUGCCCUUUAUUUAUUUAUUGGAUCUGGAAAGGAUUGCACUUUAAAAGCACUUUAUGCACUUUAAAUAAUUUUAAAACCAUGAAGUAAAAAGUAUAAAAUGGUUAAAACAUUUUUGAUAAAAAUGCUCAGAGUAAUUUGUUAAACUGUGAUUCAAAAUCAACUCUUUAGAAUACAGAUAAAUUCAUGUGUGGUAUAGUAUUGGGUUGAAUAUUGCUCAUGCCAUGAUUUGUCGCUUCAGUUUAUGUGGUGUUGAGGUUGACAAACAUAAAUUGAGUGGAGUAGCAUUUGCCAAUGUGGUGAAAAUGUUCAUGAGGAAUGGUUGUUACUAUUUGCUGAAUGCAGUAAUGCCAACAUUGUCCUUUUGUGUUCUGUUUAAAGGUUUUUCACCUCAAUCUAUCAACUAAACUUAUGGACUUAUGGAAGUUGCCACCUCUGUAUCUCAUGAAUUUGCGACCACUGCAAAAUAAAAGAGGGAAAAGAAAGAAAGCAACUGUCUGAUUGAUGAGUGGAGUCCUGCUCAAACCCUGGGUAGAUGAAACAUCCUUUUUCAAGUGGGGAAACUGCAGAAACUGUGAGAAAAAUCAUCAAUGAGAAUCGCCUGUCAUUGAAAGUGGGAGGACACUUGACACUAUGGAAGAGUGCAAAGAACAGAGAGUGAUUGGCAGGAGGAGGAGAGUCUGACGGAGGAGCAGAGGAAUGUUGGCAGCCAUUUAGUCUGAGCUCAACAACGGAGGAAACAUGGAUUCUUCACAAAAGAAAUGUAAACACAGCAAUGGAGUGAGAUGUCGGACCUCUGAGGAGGAUAAGGAUGGUUCGGCAACAACGGCAAAAAGAGAUGAAUCACUGAGUUGUGAGCAAUGUGACAAGACUUUUAUUACAGCAACAAAGCUAAGAAUUCACAAACAUAUUCACACUGUGGACAAACCAUUCAGCUGUGAUCAAUGUGGAAAGGCUUUUACUCAGAAGAGUGACUUAAAAAGACAUCAACUCAUUCACAGUGGAGUUAAACCAUUCAGCUGUGAUCAGUGUGGAAAGGCUUUUACUCACAAGAGUCAGUUAAAAAGCCAUCAACUCAUUCACAGUGGAGUUAAACCAUUCAGCUGUGAUCAGUGUGGGAAGGCUUUUACUCAGAAGAGUGACUUAAAAAGACAUCAACUCAUUCACAGUGGAGUUAAACCAUUCAGCUGUGAUCAGUGUGGAAAGGCUUUUUCUCACAAUAGUCACUUAAAAAGCCAUCAACUCAUGCACAGUGGAGUUAAACCAUUCAGCUGUGAUCAGUGUGGAAAGGCUUUUACUCACAAUAGUCACUUAAAAAGCCAUCAACUCAUGCACAGUGGAGUUAAACCAUUCAACUGUGAUCAGUGUGGUAAGGCUUUUACUCGGAAGACUCAUUUAAAAAGCCAUCAACUCAUGCACAGUGGAGUUAAACCAUUCAGCUGUGAUCAGUGUGGAAAGGCUUUUACUAAGAAGAGUGACUUAAAAAGACAUCAACUCAUUCACAGUGGAGUUAAACCAUUCAGCUGUGAUCAGUGUGGAAAGGCUUUUACUCACAAUAGUCACUUAAAAAGCCAUCAACUCAUUCACAGUGCAGUGAAACCAUUCAGCUGUGCUCAGUGUGGAAAGGCUUUUACUCAGAAGAGUCAGUUAAAAAGCCAUCAACUCAUUCACAGUGGAGUGAAAUUGUUUGGCUGUGAUCAAUGUGGAAAGGCUUUUACUCUCAAGAGUACAUUAAGAAGUCAUCAACUAAUGCACAGUGGAGUUAAACCAUUCAGCUGUGAUCAGUGUGGAAAGGCUUUUACUCACAAGAGUCAGUUAAAAAGCCAUCAACUCAUUCACAGUGGAGUUAAACCAUUCAGCUGUGCUCAGUGUGGAAAGGCUUUUAAUCAGAAGAGUAUGUUAAAAAGACAUCAGCUCAUUCACAGUGGAGUGAAAUUGUUCAGCUGUAAUCAGUGUGGUAAGGCUUUUACUCGGAAGACUCAUUUAAAAAGCCAUCAACUCAUUUACAGUGGAGUGAAACCAUUCAACUGUGAUCAGUGUGUGAAAACCUUUACUCAGCAUGAACAGUUGUUGAUCCAUCAAUGCCCCCAUUCUGGUACAAAGCGGUACCACUGUGACUCCUGUGAAAAAACUUUCAGCUCCCAACAGACCUUAAAAUAUCACCAACGCAUCCACACUGGACAUGAUGUGUACCGAUGUGAUCACUGUGGUGAACCAUUUGCAUUGUACUCACAGUUAAAAGCUCAUGAAGUGACCCACACUGGGGUUAAACCAUACCUUUGUGAUCAGUGUGGGAAACGCUACAGCUACAUUGCAAACCUCAAAGUUCACCAACGUGUCCACACUGGGGAGAGACCAUACAGAUGUGAUGAGUGUAAGAAGACUUUUACAACUUUGGGUUCCCUGAAACAACACCAGCAGAUCCGCACCAGAAAGAAAGCAUUCAAUCAGUGUCACAGUGAGAACGGAACAGAUGGACAAAAGUCUCAGACUUGUCAGCACUCUGCCAAUGGUGAACAGUGCUGCUUUGACCAGUCUGGACCAACGUCCAACCAACAAGGAACCCUACAACGACACCAGCGUAUGCACACUGGACACAGACUGAACCCCUGCCAAGAAGAUUUCUCCAUGCAGGGUUCAGUAAAGGUUUAUGAAGUCCUCCACAAACUUAAAGUCCUUGAGAUCCGGCUUCAUAGAAUUCAGGUCUAAUUUCUUGUUUAGUGUCUUCGUUGCUUCGUUGCAAAAUCCAUUAAGAGGAAAGCUGUCGUUAACAGAUGUGACUGGUAAAUUAAUCAAACCGUUCAAAGUGGUUACUCAGUUAAAUGAAUUAUCAGUGGUAGAGGGAUAGACGUCUGGAUGGAGGCAGUGAGCAGCAGGGCGAAUUUCCUCAAUUACCACCUUAAUGGUUCCUGAGAUCCCUCUGGGCUGCAGGAACCCGUUAGAUGCAGAGCUGGUUCAGUGAUUCUCUGAUGAUUAAGCAUAAUUAAUUGAGGAGAUUACUGGCCUUAGGGUUCCUGUCUGUCCGUCUGUAAAUUUAAAAACAUGAAGUGUUCUAUGAAAAGUCCAAUCUUUGAAAGCUGACAUGUAGUUCCGAAUCAUUUCUUUGUAAAUUAGCUGCAUCCAGUCAUUACCAUGACACUGGCAGUGAUUCUCUGAUGAUUAAUCAUAAUUAAUUUAGGAGAUUACUGGCCUUAGGAUAUCUAUCUAUCUAUCUAUCUAUCUAUCUAUCUAUCUAUCUAUCUGUCUUUCUGUCUAUCUGUCUGUCUGUCUGUCUGUCUGUCUGUCUGUCUGUCUGUCUGUCUGUCUGUCUGUCUGAACUUUCUCAGCUACAGCAUCUGCACCUCUGCUUCUGUGUGAAGUAGUCAUUACAGGAGAGAAAGUGUAGAAAAUCUGACAAAUUUUGUCAAGUGGUCCAGAAAAAUCUGACUACCCCUACAACUUCUCUCCUGUAAUGAUAGUAAUAAGUAAUACAUAGUUGAUACUUCACACAGCAGUAGCAGAGGUGCAGAUGUUGUAGCUGAGAAAGUUUGGAGGUUGCCACUUCUUGCAUUCCAAGAAUAGUAGGGGAGUCAGAUUUUGUCAAGUGGCCCAGAAAAAUCUGACUCCAGAUUUUAUUUCAUAUCAUACAAUCUGCACUUUUAACUCAACCUGCAUAUUUCUGUUCAAGAUCUAGUUUUGAAAUGGUCUCUCUGUUCUUAAUCUGCCAUACUGUGAUCAUUUAGCCCCUUAUUUCAAUAUUCUGUUCUUGCAGACUGUAAUUUACGAGUUUUUUUUUUAAACUUGUUGUGAUUUGGUGUUUUAGCUGUUGUAGCUAAUAAUUUCCCAGGUGUGGGAUCAAUAAAGAAUUUCAAUUCUAUUAUAUUGUGAACUGGCCCUAUAAAAAUAACAACAAUAAGAAAUUACUUUAUACUUAAGAACGAUACUUAUAUUAAAGACUUUAUACAUAAAUACCAGACAUAUUUUGAUGCCAUAUCUUGCAUUCUUAGGGGAGUCUGAUUUUAAGUAAGGAGAUAUAAAGUUUUCUCAGUGAACAAUUAUUUUAAUGACACGUGUAGAACACUGAUGGAAUGUGAACAAUAUUUGGCGACUACACCCUGUCCUGUCCUGAUGUCCUCAUAGGAGUGAAGCUGAGAGUAGCGUAGGAUCUCCCCAAUGCCAUUUAGGGUGGGCACAUACGGAUGAGAAGAGGAGGAGAAACAUGUCACCUAAUCAUAUUUAACAGGAAAACAUGUCUGCAGUUCGGUACUUAGUCACAUUUAACCCAUAAACAACAGCAAAAGCAGUAAACGUACGACAGAAAACCCCGUCAAGUGGCCACAGAGUGAAAAGUAAGUCACACGCGUUCACGCGAAGGGGAAGUCAGAUUUUUCCGGGGAGUGUGAAAAUUGCACAACACCUGGAUUAGUCCGAAUCCUUUUUUCUGAUUGGCUGAGACGAGACACGUGACAGUGUGCAUCUAUUAAUGAUCGGAAGCAUUCAGGUCGUUCCGGUUAUACUCGGUAGCGCUCUUCAGUAAAGGAGACGCAGUUUGUUAUUUUCUUUGAUUAUCGCUCGGCAAAUUACAAAAAAGUUGCAAGUUAACCCUUUUUCCACAUUUAUUAGGCAAAAUUAGCUUUGCCACCGUGGCUAAACAUGCUAAAAAUGGCUUUGCCAUCCUGAGGAAGGCUUCGCCUAUGGCGAAGUGGAGAAUGGCUAGCGCAAGCACAGAGACACCCUGAAAAUUUGACACAAUCUUAAAUAUUAUGAAAUAUUUGUUGAAAAGUCUUUUUCGUGUGUUUCUAAGGGUGUGGCUGCAUCAGAAAGACACAAAUACAAAUGAUGUUUUUUUGGUUUGUUGUUUACAAGAAAUAUUUUAUGGAACCAGUCAAUUUUCAGUUUUAAUGUCUUUUAUUAGGAUGUGUUUAGUUUUAUGAUUGUACUAAAAUAAAUGACUCUUGAAGACCUCAAA